UUAAAAGAAACACAAGAAUGACAUCUUGUACUGAAAUUUGUCGUUCCAUUUUACUAAAACGAAUGGUUUUCAACACUCAUUCUAAUAUCGCCAUACCAGAUGAAUUUCUAGAACAUCAAAAUUAUGUAUUCAAUUUACUGAAAAGCACCGUAGUAAAUGGAGAAAACAAUUCUGCUUUGCUGAUUGGACCCAGAGGAAGUGGGAAAACAAUGUUAAUUAACAGUGUAAUAGCUGACCUCGAAGCUACCUGCAAUUUAGAAAAGGAUUAUGUUGUCAUUAAGUUGCAUGGCUUCUUCCAAACCGAUGAUCGAAUAGCCAUUCAAGAGAUAACAAGACAACUCUUUCUGGAGGAGGAAACAGCUAACAGAACAUUUGGCUCAUUUUCAGAAAACCUCAAUUUUCUUUUGGAUUCAUUGAAAGUAGCAGAUAGAAAAACAGCAAAAUCCAUUAUUUUCAUAAUAGAUGAGUUUGAUCAAUUCUGCCAACAUAAAAAUCAAACUUUAUUGUACAAUCUGUUUGAUGUGUGCCAAUCUGCUCAGGCUCCAAUGGCUGUCAUUGGAUUAACAUGUCGAAUGGAUGCAAUUUCUUUGUUUGAAAAGAGAGUCAGAUCAAGGUUUUCUCAUCGUCAAAUUUAUCUGCUCCUCAAGCCUGACUUCCAAAAAUACAACGAAACGUUUGUCAGCCUUCUUCGACUACAACCGAGCCGAGAACUAAAAGCCAUUUACGUGCGAAGCUGGAAUAAGUCUGCCGAAGAUCUUGCACAAGAUCCGGUGGUGCAAGGAUCGCUUAAAAAAGUAUUCAACUUGAAUCCGAAGCUACGCCUUCUACAGAAUAUAUUGCUAGUCGCGUUAUCACGUCUGGGUGAAAGUCAUCCGUUCCUGUCGUCCAAGGACAUCGUAACCGCCAUUGAGUCUCAAACUACUGAUUGCAAAACGUUGCAACUGCAGGGCUUGUCUGUCCUCGAGCUACAGUUGUUAUUAUGCAUGAAAUACCUAGAUAAAAUAUAUUUUGGCGAGCCUUGUAAUUACGAGAUGGCCUUCUACGAGUAUACCAAGCAAAUGAAAAACAGCUCAAUGCAAAAAUUUGACCGACAAAUCGCGAUGAAAGCUAUGGAACACCUGGAGACGUUAGAGCUUAUCCGACCGGUUGAAGGGAUUUCGUCUUCCAAGGUCCAAAAAGAAUUCGUUGUCUACAAUAUUCUCGUCACGUCUGAGCAGUUAUCAGCUGCCAUCUCAAAGUAUCCCGGUCUUCCCACCGAAGUCAAACAAUUGGCAGACACGUGUCUUUAAGAAAACAUUUCAACGUCACAUCCAUCUCCCAACUCGUUGUGGCAUUUGCCAGGUGUAU